UUAAUACACGACAUAAACAAAAGAAAUCAAUUUAAAUUCUGCAGAUAAUUUGGAAAGGUGACCGGAGACGUAAUUCCGACGAUACAUGAGGGUCGAAAUCCGAAAGCUGAGAAGUAUGGGGGGUUACAAGCAAAUGACUAUCUAUUUUUGGAUCAAUAUUUUUGACGUUCAUGAAAUCUACAUAAUAAAUCAGAAGAGUAGAAAGAUUAGAUAGAAACAGAAGGGGUUCUACUUCUAAUUCUAAUCCAGUUAGGUUUCCGAAUCUUGCACGUCCCGUUGUUUUUCCCUGCAAAUUCCAAUUUCUUCCUUCUUCGGGGCGUUCCAAGAUUUGAAACUGAAAGUUUCUUAUCUUCAAUUAAUUACUUACAGCAUUGCGCCAUAAAAUUCUUCAAAUUAUCCAUAAAAAAAUAAGAAAAAGAAGAAGAAGUUUCUUCCUUGCCGACCCAGAUCUCUCUCUUUAGGAUGGAAAGCCUUACGAACAAGAUUCGAAAAUUGGACGCCUACCCGAAAAUCAGCGAAGAUUUCUACAGCCGUACACUCUCCGGUGGAUUCAUCACUAUCGCUUCCUCCAUUAUAAUGCUAUUGCUCUUCAUCUCCGAGCUCCGUUUGUAUGUCCAUACUGUAACAGAAACAAAGCUUGUAGUAGAUACUUCAAGAGGAGAACAAUUACGUAUCAAUUUUGAUGUUACGUUUCCUGCACUUCCAUGUUCUGUUCUCAGUCUUGAUGCUAUGGACAUAAGUGGAGAGCAACACCUUGAUGUGAAACAUGAUAUAGUAAAGAAAAGAAUAGAUUACAAAGGCAAUGAAAUAGAAUCAAGACGAGAUGUUAUUGGAUCCCCCGAGAUUGGGAGGCCAUUACAGAGACAUGGUGGCAGACUCGAGCAGAAUGAGACAUAUUGUGGUUCCUGCUAUGGGGCAUUCGAUGAGGAUUGUUGUAAUUCUUGUCAAGAUGUGCGUGAAGCUUAUCGAAAGAAAGGUUGGGCUUUGUCUCAUCCAGAUCUAAUUGACCAGUGCAAAAGAGAAGGUUUCUUCCAAAGGGUGAAAAAUGAAGAAGGUGAAGGAUGCAAUAUACAUGGGUUCUUGGAAGUUAAUAAGGUGGCUGGAAAUUUUCACUUUGCACCCGGGAAAAGCUUUCAGCUAUCGUAUUUCCACAUCCAUAAUCCACUAGCAACAUUUCAGUGGGAUACUUUUAAUGUAAGCCACAGGAUUAACAGAUUAACUUUUGGAGAUGAUUUUCCUGGUGUUGUAAAUCCUCUUGAUGGCGCGCAAUGGAGCCAAGAAUCACUCGGUGGAAUGUACCAAUAUUUUAUCAAGGUUGUGCCUACAGUUUACAAGGAUGUGAGAGGGAAGGCUAUUAAGUCAAAUCAGUUCUCUGUAACUCAACAUUUGAGGGGCCUAGACGAAGAAAGCUUCCAGUCUCUUCAUGGAGUUUUUUUCUUCUAUGAUCUGUCCCCUAUAAAGGUGACAUUCACGGAGGAGCAAAUCUCAUUCUUUCACUUCUUGACAAAUGUAUGCGCUAUUGUUGGAGGAGUUUUCACUGUUUCGGGGAUAUUAGAUUCCAUUAUAUAUCAUGGUCAAAAGGCAAUCAAGAAGAAGAUAGAACUUGGCAAAUUUAUAUGAUCAUUGAUUUGGUUUGAGAGAUUCGAAUCGCAAGCUAAAUAUGCAGUUCCUCUUGCUGUUGUUGGUAUGCUACUACUACUUCUGGUCUCAACUUUCCUUCAAUCAAUAGUAUAGUUUUAAUCUCUGCUCGUAUUACAUCUUAAUUUUUUUUUUCCUAGCUUUCCAGAUACUCGAUUUCUUAGUGCUCAAGUAGUGUGAAUAUUUUUCCGGAAAGGUAAAUAUAGGUUAGAGGGGCCUUUAAUUCCUGAAGAGAAUGAGAUCAACUUGUAUUUGUACAUUCUUUUUUA